GAGAGAGAGGCGGAAGCGGCCGGCCCCCAUCCGCUUCCGCCCUGCCUCCCACCACAUUUUCCACUUGGUAUAUAGCUCCCCGUCCGGCCCCCUCGCUUGCCGCCACAGGGAGAGACGCGCUGCCAUGUGCUAGCUCUGCUCGUCCGGUCCACAGCUUACGAGCCUGCCCGUACGAUAAGCCAAGGAGGGAGACGAGGGAGAGGAGAAGGCGAGGGAUUUGGGCUGGGAGCGAGAGGGCAGAAUCAGAGGCGUUUUGGCUCUGAAAUUUUAAUCUUUAAGCGAUUGAUCAGGCGUGAGGAGCAGGCAAGAGAGGAGCGGAAAUGGUGGUGGUGAAGCAGAGGAGGAUGUCGGGAGAGGUGUUCUGGCCCAAGAUUGUGCUGAAGAAAUGGCUCAACCUCAAGAGCAAGGACUUGGACUUCGGCGCCGACGAGGAGGAGGACGACGACGACGGCAGCGACAUUGACGACGAAGAGAACUGCGGCUGCGACGGCGACGGCCCACGCCGGCCGGCCGACGGCGGCGCUCAGAUCACCGAUGAGAGCCUGGAGAGCGCGCCGUACAAGCUGAGGAGGAGGAACUCGGAGACGCUGCGCGCGCAGUACAUCAACACCAAAGAGUUGAGGGUCUGCGUCGGCACCUGGAACGCUGGCGGCAAGGCCCCGCCGGAGGACCUCGACAUCUCCGAGUGGCUCGGCACCGGCGGCGACGCCGAGCCCGCCGACAUCUACGUGCUCGGGUUCCAAGAAGUGGUGCCUCUGAACGCCGGCAACGUGUUCGGCGCGGAGGACGGGCGGCCGGCGCAGGCGUGGGAGUCCGUGAUCCGGGGCGCGCUCAGGCGGGCCCAGCCGUCGAGGCCCAAGUACAAGUGCUACAGCCACCCGCCCUCGCCAUCGCGGUUCGACCCGCCGCCGGCCGCCGCCGACGAGCUCCUCCCCGGCACGGACACGGAGACCGACACCGACGACGACGCGCCGUUCGGCUUCCCGGCGCGGCCGGAGCAGCACGUCGCGGCGACCCCAAGGAAGCUGAGCAGGCUCAACCACUUCAGCGUCGUGGAUGAUGACCCGGCGGAGCUCAACGGCGACGAGCCUGACGAGCUCGAUCAGGAGCCGCAGCAGCCGGGGCGGAUGCUCCUGAGGUCGCUGAGCAGGGCGGACAGGGUCGGGCUGGUCUGGCCGGAGCAGCCGCUGGACCUGCUGCCGGCGCGCGCCAUGAACGCCGCGUCGUCGGCGUCGUUCAAGGCGUCGAAAUCCUUCAGGGCGUACAAGUCGUUCAGGGGGUCGUCUCGCGUCGCCGACGCGGCGGCGGCGGACGAGCUGCCGAUGAUCCCGGACCUCGACCUUGACCUCGACGGCGCGCUGCGCAAGAAGAAGAGCCGGUCGCCGUUCGUGAGGAUCGUGAGCAAGCAGAUGGUGGGCAUCUUCCUGACGGUGUGGGUGAGGAGGGGCCUCAGGAAGUGCGUCCAGAACCUCAAGGUCUCCACCGUCGGCGUCGGGGCCAUGGGCUACAUCGGCAACAAGGGAGCCGUGUCGGUGAGCAUGUCCAUCUACCAGACCAUGUUCUGCUUUGUGUGCUGCCACCUCGCCGCCGGGGAGAAGCCCGGCGACGUCCACAAACGGAACGCCGACGUGCAGGAGAUCCACCGGCGGACGCGCUUCCCUGCCCCCGGUGACCAGCAGCUGCUCAGGGACAUCCACGACCAUGAUCGGAUCUUCUGGCUGGGCGAUCUGAACUACCGCCUCGACGUGUCGUACGAGAGAGCGCACGAGCUGAUCUCGACGAAGAGUUGGUCUAAAUUAGCCGAGACGGAUCAGCUUAAGCGCGAGCUGAAGAAGGGGCGGGCGUUCGACGGGUGGACGGAGGGCGUCCUGGAGUUCGCGCCGACGUACAAGUACGAGGUCGGCUCCGGGAGGUACACCGGCGACGAGCACAGGGGCGGGCGGCGGACGCCGGCGUGGUGCGACCGGGUGCUGUCGUACGGGAAUGGGCUGCGGCUGCUGGGGUACCGGCGGUCGGAGCUGGCGCUGUCGGACCACCGGCCGGUGACGGCGACGUACGCGGCGGAGGUGGAGGUGUUCUGCAGCCGGAAGCUGCAGAAGGCGCUGACGCUCACGGACGCCGAGGUGGAGGGCGGCCAGGUCGUGCCGGACCUGGAUUUUUGACCGAGGGUUUGGCGCUUUAAAUUGCACGCGCCGUGGAGACUGAAGAGUGAAGAGCGUGCCACCGGUGUCACUUGGUCGCUGCAAGUUCAGAACUGAACGAAGGCUGAUCGUUCAGGAUAACCGGGAGAGCUUGCGUCUUGCGAUUACUUCAUUUGGGGGACGAAAUGGUCGUGUAAAUAUGAGCCUCUGAAUACAUCAGCAGAUCGAUGUAUUUCCAUUUAAUCAUGAUGGAGUCGUGUGCCUCCUUCGCAAAAAAAAAAAAAAAAAAAUCGUAUGCCUCGAUAUCACUUGUCUCUGAGAUAA